AUGGUGUUACUUAGAGAGUUCGUAGACAGAUUCCAGCGUAAAAGGAUGAUGUUGCCACACGUACCUGAUAACUGGGCGGCUAUGGUAUUUGCCAGCAAUCUAAAUGAGAAAAGCUCGGAAGCCACGAGAAGACUCAAGGAAAGUCUACGUGAAUUUCCAGCAACAACUUGGAAUGAUAUUUACAACAGAUACAUCACAAAGCUGCGGAUAGAAGAAGAUACCAUCACUCGGUCUCAAAAAGAGGAGAGGGUAAGUUCAAGAUGUGCUGAAACUGAAAAAAGGUCUGGUAAAAACAGGUACGAGCCCUACAUGGGACCAGCAGGAAGAGACUCGCAUUCAAUGCAGGAUAACUCAAGGUACGAUCAUAGAUCGAGAGAUAGAGAAUCAGGCUCAUCAUCAAGGCGAAAUCCUGAUUUUUGGUGCGAGUUUCAUAAUGAUCAUGGUCACAAAACGGCGGAUUGUAGACUGCUUCAAGGUAAAGUUAACCAUUUGUUAAAGCAAGGAUAUCUAACUGAAUUGUAUAGUGAAAAAGGUAAGCAAGCGUAUAUGAAAAAUAGACAGGAGCCCCCUAAACCUCCUUCACCAAAAAGGACUGUUAAUGUUAUAAGCGGAGGAAAAGAAAUUAAUGGCGUGAUAUAUACGACAGCCAAGAAAGUUUCAAAAAUUACAGUCACACACGAGAAGCGAGUUCGACAUGUUUUGGAAGAAGAAAGUAGCUUCGUGAACAUCAUUUUGCUAAGAGUGAUAAAUGAAAUGCAAACUGAAGAUAAGCUGAUACCCAAGGCACAUACUUUAUCUGGUUUUGAUAACUCGAGCGUCGUAACAAAAGGGGAGAUAAUACUCACCACAUUCGCAGAGGGAGUUGUCAAAGACACGAAAUUUCAGGUGGUAGAGAUGGACAUGGCUUACAAUAUGAUUCUCGGUAGACUAUGGAUUCACAAAAUGGAUGCUGUGCCAUCUACCCUGCAUCAAGUUAUUAAAUUCCCUUCACAAUGGGGAAUAUGA